AUGAACAUCACAACGGAAUCAUGGAACAUUUCGUCAACUUCCGGUGUGGAGGACGCAACCGUACAAACAUUUAUGGCGAUGCACGUGAUCUACAAAGAACAUUUACCUGUGAUUUACGAGAUUCCAAAGAUUGUUAAGGCCAUCAUGUACGUGUUUGGAUUCCCUGGCAACAUCCUGGCGUGUAUCAUGUGGCUUCAGCGCCCCCUACUCCACUCUUCCGGUUGCUAUCUUGCUUCUCUUGCUAUUUCAGAUCUGCUUUUUUUGGUUCUGUCCAUGAUGUUUGACCUUGAGUACAUAUGGGAAAUUAAGACGAUCGGUGUACCUGUCGUCUGCCAGGCGUUUCCGGUGAUUUACAUGGCGGUUCAGUAUAUGUCUCCAUUGCUCACGAUGGCAUUCACUGUCGAGAGGUUUAUAUCAGUCCGUUUUCCUCUCGGACGUCGCAUUUACUGCACGGUGAAGAGAGCCGCCAUGGUUAUUCUAUUUCUGGCUCUGUUCGUGUUGGUUGCGGGAGGUAUACAAGCGUACAUUUGGGAUUAUGACUACACACAUCAUGCUUGUGAUAUCAGAAUCGGCAUUGAUGAGUUUAGGAAACACUGGACGUGGGUUACAGAAUCUACCAUGUUUGUUCUCGUCCCGGUGUUAAUUCUCGGCAUGAACGUUCUUCUAAUAUUCACAAUUCGUCGAUCAAAGCGACGGGCGCGCCAUUUGUAUGGUUCCCCACCGAAACACAGAUCGGCUACGACAAAAAUGCUUCUCGUUGUGUCUUUCUAUCUAAUAUUUACUACACUACCAGUGACAAUAUUAUAUGCUAUUGGUGAUUUCUUUCCUCCUAAUAUUGAGACUUACGACAACAUUUCUAAAGACCCGCUAUGGCAGAGUCAUUUUAAAUAUAUGGUUGUUCGCGAGGCCGUGUAUGCAAUAGGGAUGUCUCACUAUGUUUGUAAUUUCUAUCUGUACCUUGCUACUGGACAUCGAUUCCGGAUGGAAACCAAACGCUAUUUUCAACAUAUUGUUAAAAAAGGCGAACCAUUUCUCCUCAGUGACGACGGUGAACAGAACAAGAGGAUGAUCGCAUUCGCUACAUCAGAGAACCUGACGGAACUUGCAGCAUCUGACACAUUCUUCUGGGCUGGCACAUUCUACACCUGUCAUACUAUGUUUCACCAGAUUUACAGCAUCCUUGUACAGAAGGCAUCAUGA